AUGCGAGAUCUGAAGACACUCCUCCAGAAACACUCCUCCAGAAACCCUCCCCCAGAAACACUCCCCCAGAAACACUCUGCCAGAAACACUCCUCCAGAAACACUCCCCCAGAAACACUCCCCCAGAAACACUCCUCCAGAAACACUCCCCCAGAAACACUCCUCCAGAAACACUCCUCCAGAAACCCUCCCCCAGAAACCCUCCCCCAGAAACCCUCCUCCAGAAACACUCCUCCAGAAACACUCCCCCAGAAACACUCCUCCAGAAACACUCCCCCAGAAACCCUCCUCCAGAAACCCUCCCCCAGAAACACUCCCCCAGAAACACUCCUCCAGAAACCCUCCCCCAGAAACCCUCCCCCAGAAACCCUCCUCCAGAAACACUCCCCCAGAAACACUCCCCCAGAAACACUCCUCCAGAAACCCUCCCCCAGAAACCCUCCCCCAGAAACCCUCCUCCAGAAACACUCCUCCAGAAACACUCCCCCAGAAACCCUCCUCCAGAAACACUCCUCCAGAAACACUUCUACAGAAACACUCCAACAAGCCACCAAUCCCCAAGGUCACCUCAUGA